AUGGAGUCUCUACAGACGAAUAAGAGAUCCAUUUUUGCCCCCAAAUCAUCUCUGAUUCCUCGGCUAUCGGAAUCUCACAAUCGAAGAAGCUCCAACAAAAUCGUCAUAAAUGUUGGGGGUGUUCGAUUUGAAACUUACAAAACGACAUUAAAGAGUAUUCCAGACACUCGUCUAUCGUGGUUGACGGAUCAUUCCGGACAUAAUCCAGAUUAUGACCCUGUAACUGGAGAAUAUUUCUUCGACCGACAUUCUGGAAUGUUUCAAAUGAUCUUAAACUAUUACCGGACAGGGAAACUGCAUGUCUCUAUGGAUGUGUGUGGUCCCGCAUUCGAGGAGGAAUUGGCAUUUUGGGGCCUAGAUGAGACCCAAAUAGAACCAUGUUGUUGGCAAACGUACCGGGCCCAUCGGGACGCCCAGGAAACAUUGGCCGAGUUCGAGGGAACCGAACUCGACGUGGAAAGCGAUAAUGAAGAGGAAUUCGAGAUGAGACAAAAAUUUGGCAUUUCCGAGGAUUUUAAACAGGUGGAACUUUCUCGCUGGAAAAAAUGGCGACCAAAAGUUUGGCGUUUCCUUGACGAUCCAAAAGCAAAUAAAAUUUCGAAGACCUACGCUGUCGUGUCUGUGAUAUUUAUUCUGACGUCAAUCGCAGUCUUCUGUUUAGAGACUAAUGCGCACUUCCGGUACAAUCCACAUCCGAACAUGUCAAUGAACAACUUGCCUAUUCUGGAACAGCAAAAACACACUAAGCCGCUUCUCUUUAUGGACGUGUUUGAGUAUAUCUGUAUCAUCUUUUUCACGUUUGAGCUACUUGCACGGAUACUUUUCUGCCCACGCCUCUGUGACUAUGUAAAAGAGCCUUUUAACUGGAUAGACGUGUGUUCCGUUGUACCAUUUUAUCUCACCAAGAUUAUGUUAGCGUGUGACGCAAAUGUAGAACUCACCGAUGCCUAUUAUUUCCUUAAUGCACUUCGAUUGAUAAGAAUUUUUCGGAUUUUGAAAUUAACGCGUCAUUUCAGUGGAUUGAAAAUCUUAGGACAUACUAUACGAGCAAGUGCCAAAGAGCUUUUUCUUCUUUUUCUUGUACUGAUAAUUGGAGUACUGAUUUUCGCCUGUCUAAUUUUCUAUGCAGAGCAAAUUGACGAAGGAAAGAUAAACAAUUUUCCCGAUAUCCCCAUGGGCUUUUGGUGGGCAGUUGUUACCAUGACAACGUUAGGAUAUGGUGAUAUGACUCCGAGGACAGGCUUCGGAUACGUUGUCGGUACGAUCUGCGCUGUUUGUGGACUUCUUAUGUUGUCACUUCCGGUUCCUAUCAUAGUCAGCAAUUUCACACUUUAUUAUUCCCAUGCACAAGCUAAAAUGAAACUACCGAAAAAGAACAGAAAUCGACUGGUUGGUGCUGCAAACGCAUUGAAGGAAAAUCAGCCAACACCGUCACCUUCGCCUUUACCGGAAACGGAUGUUUCGCCAUUAAAAUCAGAAUUUGGAAGUAAAGGCAGUUUGAAGUCACUGGAUCGUAAGUCCAGUAAUGAUAGUGCGUUUGGUAGCUGUGACAGCAACACGUCUCCAGAAAGAGAAGAAGUGAGAAAGAUCAGCGUGAUAUACACUGAUGAAAUUGUUAAUUCUCCUCAAUUAAUUACAAAGCGGAACCGAUUUCUUGGAAACCAGUCACCACCGGAAGCGGAAAGGCUACCUCGGAUUCCCGAAAGAUCCCAGUCUCCUGCGGAAGUGGAUGUGACCAUGCGCACCAGACGUAACAGUAGAGUCGGCAUAGGCUAUAAAUCUGUUUCGCCUGCAGCAUCGUCAAAAAUUACCCACUUACAACCGGAACCGGAAAUGUAA